GCCGGCAGCGCGGGCGCCCCGGCGGGCGGGCGGCCCCUCGAGCGAGACUGAGGGUGGAUGGAGUCACAAAGGAGUUUGGCUGACACGUGCGGCGGGGCGGCCGGCGGCCGCAGCUAGGGCCACCCCUCUCCCCUCCCUCCUCCCCUCCUCGCUAUGCUGCGCUCUCGCCGGGCCCCUCAGCGCGCUCGACGCACGGCGGCGAUGGAGCCGGCCGGGUUCCUCUGAGGCCGCCGCCGGACCCAGCAUGGCCUCGGCGGGGACCCCGGAGCAGCGGCUCCCCGGGGCGGAGCGGCCGGCGGCGGCGGCGGGGGGCCGGGCGGAGGCGCCGCGGUGCCGCAGUCUGCCCGCGCUCGGCUCCCCCCUGGCGGCCGGGGGGGGCGGCGGCGGCGGCCCGGCGAGCCCCGCCGCGGGACCGGCUCCCGAGGCCGAGCGGGGCGAGGGCGCUGCCGCCGCCACCGAGGCUCCCCGGCCCCCCUCCGCCGCCGGCGGCAGCGGGAGCUUCCCCUGGAAGACGGCGGGCGGUCAGCCGGCGGCGCCCGGCCGAGGGGUAUCCCUGGGCCCCCCGCUGCUGCUGCCGCCGCCGCCGCCGGCGCUGCUGCUGGCGGGCCCCCCGGGCCGAGCGUGCCUGCGGGCAGUGCUGGCGGACUCGCGCUUCUUCCUGGUGUGCAUGUGCUUCCUGACCUUCAUCCAGUCCCUCAUGGUCUCCGGCUACCUGAGCAGCGUUAUCACCACCAUCGAGCGAAGAUACAGCCUCAAGAGYUCGGAGUCGGGGCUGCUGGUCAGCUGCUUCGACAUCGGGAGCCUGGUGGUGGUGGUCUUCAUCAGCUACUUCGGGGGACGCGGGCGAAGGCCGCUCUGGCUGGCCGUCGGGGGGCUUUUCAUCGCCCUGGGCGCUGCGCUCUUCUCCUUACCUCACUUCAUCUCUCCGCCGUACCAGAUCCAGGAACUGAACUCCUCCGUCAGUAACGAGGGCUUGUGCGUGGCUGGCAAUGGCACUGCCAAAGAGCAGUGGGACUCGUCGGCCUGCAUCAAGGACUCCGGUGGAAAUGACCACUCUCUCUAUGUAGCUUUAUUCAUCUGUGCCCAAAUCCUCAUUGGCAUGGGCUCGACACCCAUCUAUACCUUGGGACCAACCUACUUAGAUGACAAUGUCAAGAAAGAAAACGCCUCGCUUUACCUAGCCAUCAUGUACGUAAUGGGAGCACUUGGACCUGCAGCUGGAUACUUACUGGGAGGACUCCUCAUUGGUUUCUAUGUUGAUCCUAGGACAGCUGUUUAUAUWGACCAGAGUGAUCCCCGAUUCAUUGGGAACUGGUGGAGUGGAUUUCUCCUUUGUGCCAUUGCAAUGCUCCUKGUGAUAUUUCCCAUGUUUACCUUUCCAAAAAAGCUCCCUCCUCGACAUAAAAAAAAGAAAAAGAAGAUGCACUCUGAUGGUAUUUCAAGUGAUGAUGACGUGAUGAAAGAGAAAAGCAGUAGCAAAACAGAAACAGACAGUUCAGUUUCUGCCUCUAUGGGAUUUGGAGAGAAUGUUAAAGAGCUUCCAAGAGCAGCUGUCAGGAUCUUAAGCAACAUGACAUUCCUUUUUGUGAGUUUGUCAUACACAGCUGAGAGUGCCAUUGUCACAGCUUUUAUUACCUUCAUUCCCAAGUUCAUCGAGUCACAGUUUGGCAUCCCAGCUUCCAAUGCCAGCAUCUACACUGGUGUGAUUAUUGUCCCAAGUGCUGGUGUUGGUAUUGUCCUAGGYGGCUACAUUAUAAAAAAGCUGAAACUCGGUGCAAGAGAGUCUGCAAAGUUGGCUAUGAUCUGCAGUGGGGUAUCUCUGCUGUGCUUUUCAACACUCUUCAUUGUUGGAUGUGAAAGCAUUAAUCUAGGGGGCAUAAAUAUACCUUACACAACUGGUCCCACUCUUGCCAUGGCCCACAGGAAUCUGACUGGAAGCUGUAAUGUUAACUGUGGAUGUAAGAUUCAUGAGUACGAGCCUGUCUGUGGAUCAGAUGGAAUAACAUAUUUUAAUCCUUGCCUAGCUGGCUGCAUCAGUGGUGGAAACCACAGCACAGGGGUGAGAAAUUACACGGAAUGUGCCUGUGUGCAGAGCCGCCAGGUGAUCACGCCGCCCACAGUGGGCCAGCGCAGUCAGCUGCGGCUGGUGAUUGUCAAAACCUACCUGAACGAGAACGGCUACGCUGUGUCUGGGAAGUGCGAUCGGACCUGCAACACGCUCAUCCCAUUCCUCAUCUUUCUCUUCAUUGUAACCCUCAUUACAGCAUGUGCCCAGCCAUCAGCAGUCAUAGUGACUCUCAGGUCUGUGGAAGAUGGGGAACGGCCCUUUGCACUAGGAAUGCAGUUUGUUUUAUUAAGAACUCUUGCUUACAUUCCCACUCCAAUUUAUUUUGGGGCUGUUAUUGACACCACGUGCAUGCUUUGGCAACAGGAUUGCGGCGUCCAAGGAUCGUGUUGGGAAUACGAUGUCACCUCGUUUCGUUUUGUCUACUUUGGGUUGGCAGCUGCUCUCAAGUUUGUGGGAUUCUUUUUUAUUUUCCUGGCCUGGUAUUCCAUAAAGUGUAAGGAAGAGCAACUGCAGAGACAGAGUUGGAGGGCUUCACCGGUGAACACUGUGAGUGAGAUGGUGGGACAAGCUGGACCCCAACAAAACUAUGCACGGACUAGAUCCUGCCCUACCUUCACUUCCCGAGGAGACAUCAGUGUGGCACAAGGAAUGAACUGCUCAGCACAGACCUACCCCGGCCCCUUUUCAGAAGCAAUAAAUUCCUCAAGUGAAAAUGCAUUGGAAGAAGUCACUGUUGAGAUAUAGACCCCUGGCUUGGUAAUGUAAURCUUAGUUUUGUUGGUUGACUUAAUUACGGCGCCUUGUAAAACACCUGUGCCUUCUAUUUUUAAUCUAAAUGUAACACGUGAUAAAACCAACAAAGCUUGAUGCAAACAACCAGAAUAUGUUCCUGAGGGCUGGAUACCUCAAACCAACCCAAGUUCUUAUUUCUUCCCUCCCAACAAUGGAGUUUUAAAAAAUUGUGUUUGUAAUUAUUUCAGAUGUGUCCAUUAAAUGUCCAUGCUCUGAUCUAAUAUCAUUGUAAAGAUGAGGUGUUAUGAACAGCAGAAGUCAGUGAAAGAGUGACAAAAACUCACAUUGUUGAUGUCUAGACUCACAAGAAUGCUUAAAUGUAUUGUCAACUUCAUAUCCGCAAAUUGUAUUUUUAAGAGAUGAGUAAUUACUGUGAGUUCUGCUACAAAGCACAACUGAACUUAUUUAAACUAUGCAACUUAUUUGGAUAAUUGUAUGCGCAGCAAAUUAAGUUUAAAGCUUGCUUUUAAAGACAUUACUGCAACUGAAUUUGAAAGGGGCUAUUUUCAGGCAUAAUCAUUAAAUUAAAAAAUAACAUAAGKUUUAAAGUACUGUUAAUUACAUGUCAAGCCAUACGAGAGUUAUGCAUCAGGUAACAUUUGCAAAUGUUGAGUUGUAACGUCUUUAUCCUGUCAAAAUGURCAUUGAUUUUCAUUUGAUGGGAUGUAGUCAUUCUUCACAAAUUAUAUUACAGGAAACUGUAAUGCUUGAAGUAAAAAACUUCAGUAUUGGUUUAUAGUAACAUUAAGAUUUAGGACUCAUACACACAUACCAUGUGCGUAUUUCUGCAGUGUUACUUGCGUGGCUGUUACUAGCACCAAAUCCAUCCUUCCUGAAGAAGAAAACAGCUGGCUAUAGGUUGAUAGGAAGUUUGGCUGUCCUUCAGCUCUGUGUGCCWGUCUAGUUCAGCUUCAGUGAGAAAGUCCCAAGGGAGAGCCGAUGGCCUCAUCUGGGGUCCGGGACCUGGCGUGUCCCUGGCACCRGCAGCAGCAGAGUUCAGGCUGGUGCUGCUCCCACCUGUCAGGUGAGCAGAGGAGCCCUCAGAGGGCUGAGAGCAGCCUGCCCACUCUGGUGCCUCUCCCUGCACUCCGGGCACCACUGAGGCACUGAGCAUUGUGACACCCAGGACAGCUGGGACGGGAGGGCUGGCUCAGACCCUCUUGUUUCUGUCACACUUCUGUCUCUGUGGCUGCCCGGUGCGGGACAGGCUGGUGGGACAGGCCUGSAGGUCCUGGUUGUGUGGUUUGUCCCACACAUGGCUGCCUUUCCUUUUCUCAGCUUCACUGAAAGCUCCUGGGAAGGCAAAGAAUGAGUUUGUCUCUUCUUUGGCCUUCCAGGGGAAGAGCUAAGAACAGACAUUAUUGGCAAGCGUGGACACACAGGACGUGAUGUGGCCUUUGCUUAUUCCAAAUUACUGUAGUGUGCUCUCUGCCCAGGAGAUGAUUGAGACUUUCUAAUCAAAUGUGCUAGGCAUUUCAUUUCUUGCUCUGGAGGCUUUGUAGUGCCAUGCUCAUGAGGUACUAAUGAUGUCUCAAAGGGCAGAAAAUGACUGCAGUUGGACACUAGGAUGUCAAAGCUGUAUUGUGCCCUGCAGGGGAAGUCUUAGUAGUAUAGAAAAUGAAAAGCAGUCUUUUAAGAGGACUGAGUGAUAGUCUGGUUUGGGUUUUGCUGAGUAGAGAACUUGUGUGAAACCAAAUAGGAAAGAGCAGAGCUUCUGCAUCUUUUUGAAUGGUUAUUCCUGAUUCAAUUUUUGAAUUUAGAAUAUGUAUAUUGAUCAAACAUUAUAUGGAACCAAGUCCUUGAAAUUAAAGGCAGUCUCUCCUUAGCAUCCAUUGAGUUGUCCUGGGAAGAGUAACUCUCCCUCUCUGCCUUUGCCAACUGCCUUUUGUCAUCACCUGUAUCCUCUUGACCAGCGUGGGGCUGCUUAUUUCAGAAUGUCUCAGUCCAUUUAUGUGGCUCGUAACAAUUCUUACUCUUUCUGUCUGGAAACUCAAACUUUUCUAAUCCAAACAUAGAAGAAUAUURUUUUCAUCACUUCCCACUAUUCUGUCCAUAUUAAUAGCUAUUUUGGGUUAAGCCUGAGAAUGUUUUUUCCUCUUAUGCAGCCACCAGAURCAACAUGUCCUCAGUCAGCACACACUCCCUAAGAUGUUGGCUUCUACACUUCUUGUCCCUAGAAAUAAAUUUCCUCACAUGAACUCAAAGAUGUUUGGUGUAUAUAUAUAUAUAUUUUUUUUUUUUUUGCUAUAGGAGAUCAGAAUAGAUGAUAAAAAAUGUUUCCUUUUGUUUCAGUCUCAAAUACUUGUUGCACCAAAAAUUUUCUGCCAUGGCAAAAACUGGCAAAGUAGGACAAAGUGUAAUUGCAGCCCAACACUUAACCAUUUUAAUCAUGUUCCCAUUUUAAUCACCACAGGAAGAGGUGAAGAGUGACAAUCUUUUCAAAUACCUCAGAAACAGAGCAUUUAGUGAAUUGUAAAAGACUGAAGUUUAAUCAUCUAUCCUGAUCUCUUAUAUUUCAUGCCUUAUGUGCUUCUGUUCCAUUCAAAAACCAAGGGAGAGCAGAUUAGGAYUGUCAGGAACUAAUGGCACUGAUGCCAAAGAAUGAGAGUGAUAAAAGUGACACUUCUGCAGCUGCUGCUGCUUCUGAGCUUUCAAGGGAAUUCAGAGCUUGUUGCAAUGAAGACCAUCUGUUUUUAAGAUAGCCUGACCCUUCAACUUCUGAGAACAUUCAUAUUUUCUAAAUGGUAGAAGAAGUGGAAUGGGGAAGGGAAGACAUUAACUUUGGAAAUACUGAAAAAGCCAUCUUUACAUAUUUACAAUUUAAAUUUUAAAUUAAAAAUUAAAUUUUAAUGUUAAUUUUUCUUUGAGAAUUAUAUGCUAAACAAAGUGUAAUUCCUUACUUUUCAAACAAAUUUGUUCCUCUUUUGGGAUAUAGAUAAUUUUGGCGAUGCAGAUAAAUUUCUAUAAAAUCAAUUAAGUCAGUGUCCUCUGAAAGAAAGAAAACCCAAACUCUGGCCAGUUUUUGAUUGAUUCCYGAAGGAGAGUUUCUUGUGAGUAAGCUAUAAUAGUCUAAACAAAGCCAAUAAAGCUAUGCAGGGGAUACACAUUAACUUGCUAGAAGUGUCAAUUCCAACAUUGUCAUUGAUUAAUAUAUGGACUGACACCUGCUGAACAAACACUUUUUUUCUGAGGCUGUCAUUGCUGGAGGGAGCAGAAUUGCCAGAGGCAUUGAGUGCAUCCCUAGCAGUAGUCAUGGUUGACACAUGGUGCUAAACAACUUCACAGGAACUAAAAAAGAACUUUUUGCCUGUCAUUCAGUGAAGGGGCCCGUGCUGUCUUCCUACUGUGAGAUCUUCUCACCACAGAAUAGAAAAUUCAAUUAAGUUGUAAUUUUUGCCACCUUCCCUCUCUAUCCCAAAACACAAAAGGUUUGGUAGCAGUGAGUACAAGAGAAGGUAAAGCAGGAGUCCCACCCUGCUCACCUGCAGGCUGCUGUUGGUAGCAAAUCCAAGUCUCCUGCCUGCAGUUCACCAGUGAUAACAUGGAGCAACAACAUCUGGUGAUGGCCAAAGUGCCAUCGUGCCCUCCUAGGGACAGACUUAAGUUCCUCCUGCACCAGUUCUGAUUUAGAGUGAGGAACAUGGGAGGAGAAGUAGCCCAAACAUAUGGAUUUGAGUGAACAGGUUAAUAGUUCCUGCAUYGCCUCCCCUUCACCCUUGUUUCCUCUAAAAGGAGAAUUCAGAAKGGAUGCAGCUUUGGCCUUGGAUGCUUUUGAGUGCAGCACCCUCAAGAGAUCAUUUGUAGAUCUUUGGGGGGCUGGAAUAAACUGGAGAGUGGGACUGUGUUUCCAGUUUUAGGCAAAAGCUCUCUGGUUUUUGUYCCCUUCUUCCCCAUGAGCACACAGGAUAUAAUAUGGUAUAAUUUGGAACUGAUGACAUUUUAUAUUCUUUCAGUAUACUGUGAGCAGCUGCAAGAAACUUCAAAUAUUAUGAUGCAAUUUAAGUUUGUUUGGAAACUUUCAGUUCUUUGGCCAGCCUAUGUAUCUUUAAUAGUAACUUUCAGUUCUUCAGAACUUGCUGUUAUAUAAGUGAAGUAGGGGCACAAAUCUCCAACUAGGUAUUAAAAAUGUACAUUUGAGAGGCUCUGAAUUAAUUAAAAACACUUGAAAAUACUGUUUUCAAAAAGAUGGGUUUUUAAAAAAAUAUUGGUUAUUCAUUUGUAGUAUUAAUUAUUCAUUCACUAUGGCUCUGAUCCAACAAAACACUUAAAUAUGUGGGUGAAUUUAUAUACCUAAGUAAUGCACUUAAAAAUAAUGCACAUAUGUAAGUAUGGGACUGAAUCCUGUCUGCUUUCAGAAAGAAAUUCCUUUAUCCAAAGAGUAUUUCCAUGGUGAGCUUUUCCCCACUAUGGAUUCAGUGAUAAUUGUAACCAGAAUAGCACAAAGUAACRCUUGAGAACUCUCCCAUGGCAUUCYGAUGUGGCUACUUACAUAUUUGGCAAUGGAGGAGAGCUGUCAUUUUCAAGUAGAAUUCAAAUUCAAAAUAUUUUAUGGAYAUGGUCUGAGAUUCAUCCAUUCUAGCUCUUCCUGCCAUUUACUUAUUUUAAGAAUUUCUGGCCGAAAACCUGUGGGCUAUAUGGGGAGAUGGAUUAAAUAAAGGCAUCUUUCUGACCUUAGAACCAAUGAUAUUGCUCAAGUGAUGCUGUAGACUUGAAUUGUACCCUUUCACAGGAUUUCGACCUAGAGGUUCAGAAAACAAAUUAUCAGCAUCCCACAAAGAUGGAGCAAAGCACUGUCUGCUCAGUGGAACUCCAGCUUCCCCUGCACUGUUCUUGCAGGCUUUCCCCCAAAAUGCCUGAAUAAUUGCUGCCUUACURCAUUUUCCCGUGCACCUGAUUCCAYUGCUCUUCUUGCUGAUGUAUUGACAUAAAACUGAUGAUAAAUAGGUCCAAAGUGUCUUACUCAUACUUUGGAGCCAGAUCCUUGGCCUCACCCGUCCAAUGUUGAGGCUGAAGAAAUAGGCCAUACCUUGGGUUGGAUGUUAGCAAGCUGGUGCUUUAGCAAGUGUGUGUGAACUAGGGAAUAUCAAGUGCUUGUUUAGCUUUAUGCUCUAUUCACUGGUUAUUACUACUAUUUUUGGAGAUCAAAGACAAAAAACUUUMUAAACAAGUUUAUCUUUUUCUGUUUGCUCAAUAAUGUGUCUUCUGCAAUGCCUUGGAGCUGCCAUGCUGCAUGYUUCAGAAUCUGGGUUCCCCCAGCUGAAGCCAUCCAGCUGUGGUUGCUUUCCAGGGCUUAAAACAAAGAUUAACCUGGACUGCAAUCUGCAUUUGUCAUUGCUUUAAUCUUUUGUARAUUAAACCUGUAAUCAACACAUUUCAGGUUCUUCAUGUACUGAACUUGAUUUUUUGGACACUUUAAUCACUUUAAAGUGCUUAGAAAAUGGGCAGGCAACAUCAUGGUGGUAGACUUAUUCUUUGGUACGAAAUUAAGGYAUUCUUCUUUUUUCUUUUAACAUCUUGUUUGACAAAUAACAGUUCAAAAAGAUUACAUGUAAACAUUGUCACAGAGUAGGGAUGUGGAGCCUUCAGUGUGAGGGUAUGGCCAGGGUUCACAUAUUUGUCUUCUUUACACUGAAAAUCACUCAUACAUKUUACUUUGUGGCCAAAGGUUUGAAAGCCUAACUGAUCCUCAGGAAGGAAAUUUUUCCUCUAUUUUCUUCAUAAUUUAUUGUGUAAAUUCGCAAGGAACUUAACACUGUCCAUAUCCUGUGGUCAUAUUCAUUACAAUAAACUACAGUUAAUAACUACAGUUAAUAACUUCAGCAGUCACCCCUUCAGUCCUUCAGUUAAGCUUUUUUUUUAUUAAUACAGCCUUUUAAACACGGACAUAGCUCUGCAAUWUCAAAGUAGCUCCAAAGUUUUCUUGACUUCAAGUGUUACAUAAUAGAUGCAUAUUUAUCCAGGUUCCUGUUCCAGUCUACUCUUCUAAUUAUUGCAUUAUCCAUUGUGUGUACUGUAUUUGUUUUUUCAAUCUCAAACCAGCUGUCACAAUGUUAUCCUGUAAUAAUGUUUUGUUCAUUAUAUAGAAUAGGUGAAAAGCUGUGGAAUUAAUGAAGGGCUACAAAAAGCAUCCAAAACAUUGUUCACCUUGAGGCAGGGUGAGACAGCUUGAUAAUCUCUGGACAAAUGACUAAACAACACUGUGGUGCUAAUAGGUACUGAAGUAUUUUAUGAUGUAUUCACUAUGGCUUAAAUGACAUAUUCAAGGCAUGUCAAUGAUGCAACUGCAUGUGUUUCUGUUCCCAAAGUCUGGACUGCUCCGACAAAGACAGUGUUUGUCAUUCCUGCUGGGCCAAUUCCUGCCUAGCUCUUCUGUGGGCAAGUAAUUUCAGGAGUCAGGGUAGGAUUUGGCCCAGCACUAACAGAUAAAAUAAAAGCUACACAGACCACAGAAGUUUAAUGUAGAAUGUAUUCAGCCUGCUGUAGCAUGUUACYUUAUUUAGUUGCUUAAGCAGGGGCUAAAAAUAAAUUUUAUAGUAAUGAUAAGAAACAGUGGGCUAAAUUCUGGAACCACUUAACCAAGCAAUGUUAGUGUUUGAAUGAAAAAUGUGGAUUGAGAUCUGAAAUAUGAGUGUUCUUGCUUAGAAUACCAGGAAGAGAGAGGUAGAAAAAGAGCAAAUUCUGUCUCUAGAAUUUGAUUGACUUUAACCAAAGUCUGGUUGACUUUAAAGUGAGCUGUGAUUUACAACAGAGGAAUUUGGUUUUAAAAUCUUGAAGACAACAUUUUUUUCCCUUCCAUUUUGAAUUCUGAACCACAAUUUUUUUUGUGUUGUUGUGCCUGGGCUGCUCAUGCACUGAAAGCACUAAUAGCAGUAAUUACACUUCUGACCCACAGGGCAGAAAUUUUGCCUCUGUAGCAAACUUCAUAUUUGAAAACAUGGAGAGAAAUUUCAAAACAAAUUAAAAAAGUACAAAAUCAUCUAAAGUCGCGUCUCAGUAAAAAAAAAUAAAAUAAAAAGAAAAUUUUGUGUCAGUAAGUUCCCCAGCUGUGUGGAGGCUUUCCUGAAAGAAGACCUGCCCUUUUCACCAGCUGAGCACAUGGGAGUUUGGCCCCUGGCUGCAGUGCAUACCUCUACCAAAUGAUUUGUGCAGAACAGCAACAGUCUGGGUAGUACUGUAGGAGCAUGGAGUGGGCACACUGCCUGUAACUGUUUAGUUUCUAAAAAACUCAUUAUUAAGCAAAUGUGUAGAGUCUUAAGGAGAUUUGUAGAGUAUGUCUGACCGUAUGAGUGUGUGGGUGCUGUGCUGUGGUAAAAAGAGAAUAAUUGGUUUAUGCUGGGUAUUUUUGCAUACUUUAGGCUCCUGUAUGGUUUUUUUUAAUUGAUAUUUAUUUCUCAACAGAACUUAGAAUAAUUUUGAAGUUGUAUAACCCAUGAUUUAAUGAAAUUUACUGUCAACAUCUGUUGUAAACAURUGUUUACAAAACAAACUCUUGAAUACUUGAUACUUGGAAAUAAAAAAUAGCAUAUCAUGUGUGUUGAUUGGGUCCAGAUCCUCUCUGAUUUCUGAGUUCAAAGUGAGACUUAUGUGUUUUCWUUUCCAAUACAUAUAAUUACAUAAAAAAGCAUCUUUUGGAUCCCCCUGCAUGUCACCAGUGUCCAA